AUGGAAAAUACUAUGAAAUCUGAGUAUUGCCCAUGUUCGACUGUCUUUGAAUCUCGGCAUGUUAGUAUAUUAUCCUACGAGUACGAGAUCACAGCACGCAGAACGCUAGAGGCCUUUUGGAUAACCACCAAAAGUCCAAAAAUGAACAAGAAAGAUGAGUGCAUUGCUAUCACAAACGAGUUAUCCGUAUAUCAAGACCUAUGCGUAUUUUGA